GUAAAGAAGGCGUUUAGAUACGGCAAGUUUUUCAUUACGCACGUUGUACCCACACGCGUGUUGUUGACCUGAGGAAAAUGAGACGUGACAAUCUUCUGAGCGUACUUAUUCUGAUCGUCGUCUGCAGCCUGCUCGCUUCUCACGCCUCCACGAUUAGAAACACGAUCGAUAUGAUGGGAGCGGUUGAGUCAGCCCAGAAAAAUAACGCCCCCGGGAGUCACGGAGGUCGAGAAGUCAAUCCUCCUAAGGACAGUGUCAAUACACCGCCUCCGCAGCAUCAGGUCGCAGUUGCGGGACCUUCGUUAAUCAGGAUCGUAGCUGGGCCAGGAAUUCAGACCAUAUUCUACUCCAUCCCCGGGAGCUUUUCGAUUUCCUACGGGUCACCUGGUACAUCGACGUCCUACUUAGUCCCGGCAGGUUAUCCCGGUGAAGUUUCCUUGCCUGGUACGCUAAUCCAGGGCCCAAAUACCGCAAGACAACAGGAAUACGUCAACUAUUACAAGCAUCCAGCCUACGUUGCGGCGUCCAGGAACCUGCAGGCCGCGAGUCAAAUCAUCGCUGGAAUCGCUUCGGCAUUUCGUCGUCAGUUACAUGUCAUUGACACGGAAUAGCGGGCAUAUUGAGUGGUUUCAAAAUGGCGGUGGAUUAGUA